AUGUGGCUGCUGCUGGUGGCCCUGUGCUUGGCCCAGGGGCUGGGCGAUGCCAUCCCAUCCACCGAAGUGAGCCACCAAAACCCUGAGCAGUUCAUGAACAUCAGUCAGAAGAUCUGUUUCCACGGGUAUCCCAGUGAGGAGUACAAUGUGCUGACGGAGGAUGGUUACUUCCUCAUCCUCAACCGCAUUCCCCACAGCAAGGGGGACACUGGUCACUCAGGAUCCAGGUUACCCGUGUUGAUAGUGCAUGGGUUCAGUUUAGACGGUGGUGACUGGGUGGACAACCUCCCCAGCAACAGCCUGGGCUUCAUCCUUGCAGAUGAGGGGUAUGAUGUAUGGAUUGGAAACAACCGGGGCAACAGCUGGUCUCGCCGGCACCUGAACCUUUCUGUCAACCAAGAGGAAUUCUGGGAUUUCAGCUUCCAUGAGAUGGCCAUGUAUGACCUCCCUGCCAUGGUGGACUUCAUCCUAAGGCAAACCAAGCAGGAGAAACUGUUCUACAUUGGCCACGCUCAGGGCAACUCAGUGGGUUUUAUAGCGUUUUCAAGCAUGCCACACCUGGCUGAGAAAAUCAAACUCUUCUUUGCACUGGCUCCUCUCUACACUUUUCAUCACGUCAAAGGCCCUGUGCUAAAGAUAGCAUUUUUACCAGAUGUGGUGCUGAAGGCAAUAUUUGGAACAAAACAGCUGACUUUGGUGGGGAGGAAGGAGAGAGCCAUCCUUGCAAAAGCAUGCAGCAACCUACUAACAGCUGAAAUCUGUGAAAAUGAGAUCUUCAUUAUUGGCGGGUACAACAAGAACUUGAAUGUGAGCCGACUGGAUGUAUACCUAGCUCAUUUUCCAGACUAUACAUCAGUAAAAACUCUUCUCCACUGGGGACAGACCGCCAAAACCGGGGAGUUCAAGCAGUUUGACUAUGGGGAGAAGAACCAAGAGAAGUACCACCAGGCUACCCCCCCCUUUUACAGGAUAGAAGACAUGACGGUGCCAACCGCCCUGUGGAGCGGUGGGCAGGAUUGGGUGACUCCCCCUCUGGAGACCCAGCGCUUACUCCCCCGCAUCACCAACAUCAUCCGUCACGAGCACUUCCCUGACUGGAACCACUUCGACCACCACUGGGGUUUGGAUGCUCCCCAGCGCAUGUACAGGCAGAUUGUUGCUCUAAUGAAGCAAAAUCCAUGA